UUCCUCGACCAUUGCACAUCACUACUCAGUCUUCCAUUUGCUGGGCGGCGACUGUUUGAUGAGAACGGUAACGAACAUUUCUCAUUGAAAACGUUGAAACGUGACCAGCUGGUGUAUGUAUCAUGUGGAGAGAUCUGGACCGACCCUCAUCUCACCAAAAUGGAACAGCAGCGACGAUACCUGUUGUCUCAGAUAUCUCAGGAUGUUGCCAAGAUGAGACAGUAUGCUGCGCUGAGAAACCCCGAAAAAUAUGUUCUACAAGUGGACCCGAGUAUGGCUCCGGGUGUGCCCGUCAUCGUGAACCGACAAUGGUCCAAGGAUGAUGAUGACGUAGAAAUCGAUAGACAGAGUAUGGCCUCAGGAAAACCACCUAGUGUCGAUUCCAACCCUCAAUUACAGAAUGUGGAGGAGAUUGACGACACUGAAAAAAGGUUCAGGUUCCAUCAGAAAUCGCAUGAUAAAUCUGAACAGCCUUUGAACAAUCUUAAGUGGCCGUGGGAACGACUUGUUAACGUUAAUAACAGUUUUGACAAUGAUCCUGAGGCAAAUAAGUUUACUGACAGGGAGAUGUAUGAGAAAUACAAACGUAAAGCAGUAACAAAGAUUUCACGAGAUACGCUACAGAGGUUUGUGUAUGAAGAUGGUUAUAUUGCGCUGGCAAAUAACCGCCAGCUGGUGCUAGGUGUGUCAGAGACUGAGGGACGUAUUGUCGAAGUUCAUCUAGUAAAGAGAAGACCAGACGAUAUAUACCAGCAGUGGCUUAUGAGAGAAAAUGGAGAAAUUCGUCCUAGACAUAGUCAACAAGCAGUGCUCACAGUUUCCAUGCCAAAUAAUGAACCUUUUGCGGAAGAUGAGGAAGGUCGACCUUUGACCUUCUUUGGGUGCAAGGUUACGUUGCAGAGUCGUAGAACUAACGAGUUUGGUAAAGCUCACCAAAGAUGGAGAUACGAUGCUGAAACUGGAUUUAUUCAUGCAUUUUACGCAGAUCUUCCGGACAAGGAGAUAACCGCUGCCAACAAGGCCGAUGUCUGUACAUACGCUAUUGCAAACACUUCAAAGAUUGACCAGCCAGGCUAUACAGCUGAUGUCCCCAUGCAAACAUCAACUGACAGGGCUACAUUGAAGCGCAUCAAGGUUUGCAUGUCUUGUGCACGUGCUAUGAGAGGCAGAUAUAAGAUUUCAAAACUACCAGAAAAUACACAGUUUUCUUGUGCAAUGGGCAAUGCAAAGAAGUUAGGCCUACAGCAGAUUGGUAGUUUCAAUGUUGUUAAUGGUAAAGUCGAUCUGUCUGCACACGAGUAUGAACUUACAUUGCAAGAAUGGGAGGAAAAAUUGGCUAAACUAUCUUAGGAGACCAGUGCAAGGGUGAUAACAAAGGAAAUUAAUGUAGCAAAGACUGUUCAGACAGUAAAAGUGCUAGCAUACAAGAAUGGAGAAGGUAGAAUGAGACCAGGGGAGAUAAUCUGUGGUUCAAGCAUAAUUGGUAUACUGAACCAGUGUACACUGCGUCUAGGACUAAACCAGGCGGCAGUACGUAUGUACACGGAGGACGGUACAAUGGUUGUUGAGAUAGAGGACCUCAUUGACUGGGCGAUACAGAACUACAAAACCUUGAUGGCGGAUCAUCUGGAAAAACUAUACCAGGGUAAACAAUAUGAGGAUGAAAACCUGCAGCGAGGUGAAGGGGAAGGACAGGAGAAGGAAGGGGAGGGGCAAGAUGACGUGGGAGAGGGGCCAGACAAAGGAGAAACAGACGAUAAGGAGGCAGAUAAGACAUCUCGACAAAGAGAAUAUUUGCUGAGUCAAGUGCGUCUACCCUCGGAGGAAACUAUUCUUCGCUAUCCAAUAGAGAUAUGGGUAUCCAGCGGCAAACCUUUUGUUCCACCAGAAGUUGUUGAGUCCAAGAUGGAGAACAGAAAGAAGAAGAGGGCAUUCAGGUCAGCCGUGUCAGUCGAGUUGGACAUUGAGAAACAUGUACUCCGGCAAAUGAAAGGAAGAAGACUGGAUGAGUUGAGCCCAGGAGAGUACAAGGGUACAAAGAACAGUAAUAAACCUGUGAUAGUUGAAGGUCAUUGGGAGGAACCAACUGCUGAGGAACAACAAAAACAUGACACUGUACAUAAACUACAGGAGCAUCUUGCUGAAGUGAAGAAAUACCAAAGAGAGAAAACAACUCCGUUGGUGUUAGACAUGAGUAAAAGCCUUUACAAACAACGAGAUACUAAACGUAUACUUGCUUAUCCUAAUGGGGAAUCUGUUGAACGUGCUACAUACAUCUGGGGUGAAAGUUUCCAACAACUCCUUGAUAGUGCUACAAUGAGGCUCAAUCUUUGGCAACCUGCCAAAAGGUUCUUCACAAUGGAGGGGAAAGAGGUAACGAAAUUCUCAAAAAUACAGAAGGAUGAGUUGGUUUGUGUAUCAACUGGUAAACCAUUCAAACAGGGACAAUCUAGUAGACUGGAUAUAGAGAUCAAGGCAAACUGGUCACGUGCACACAAACAGUAUGGUCCUACAUCUACAGAUGUCCAUGUUGAAGCACCAGCUAACCCUAAAGUUAAUGUUGAUCCAUUUGGACCCCCAGCUGCGCUACCCUUGACCAAUGGUGAUCAAGGAACCCAAAGUUCAACAAGGCCCCAGACUGCCAAGGCAAAGUAAUGGAAAAGUACUGACAUACUAGCCUCUGAGGCAAAGUAAGGAAAAGUACUGACAUAGCCUCUGACGCAAAGUGAAAUGUUAAUGGGAAACAGACUUCUGACUUAUCAGGGUAGAAAGUAGAAUGUGAAUAUA